ACGAGCGGCUGCAGGAGAGCGGCCCGGACCGGAACGGAGCGGGGCUGGAGUACGGGCACAGCCCUGGGGCUGGCAGGGCCUGCUACGGAGGAGAGAGCGGGCCUCGCACGGGACGGCCACGGCUGGGAGAGGCCUGGGCAGCUCCUGUCACGGCGGGGUGCCCGGCACGGCCCAGACGGGCUCCGUGGCUGCGUCGAAUGGAAUAAAAGCGCUGUUUACGUUUCCCCGCGUCGCUUGCUCUGGUGCUUUGGGGCUGCCGGCCCGGUGCGCUCACCCCUGGGCGGGCCCCGGCAGCACCGCAACCCCGCGCCCGUCGGGAGCAAAGCAGGCCGCGCCGCUCCACGCGACCGCAGGAGCCCGGUCUGCGGGACCCGUGCGGGGAGAGCGGGGCAGAGCGGGGCAGAGCGGGGCAGGCCCCACCCCAGGGCGGUCCCGGGAGCUCGGGAGCGGAGCAGGAAGCGGGAGUCAGCAGUGGUGGCGGCGGCGGGGACCGUGGGCUGGGAGCAGGGCCGUGGGGCCGGGGCCAUGGGGUGCCCCGGCCCCACCGGGCGCGCCCCGGGGCUGCUGCUGCUGCUGCUGGCGGUGGGCGUGCUCGGGGCUCCCCGCGACGCCGUGAUCUGCUCGCAGGGCCUCGCCUGCCGCCUGCUCGACGCCGACGUGCUGUGCGGGACGGAGCCUGCAGCGCCGGGCCCGGGGCUGGCGCUGCUGGGUCUUCGGCUGGAGCCGGCGCUGCGCUGCGCGGAGCCGGGCGGCUGCUCGCCGUGUCUGCGGGCCCGGCUGCGCCUGGGCCUCGAGCCCGAGGACGGUGCCGGUGACGCGGGGACAGCCGCCUCGCCCCGGCGCGACGUCGCGGCGCUGCUGCUGCUCUCCGCUCACGGGUUCGCCUCGUCCCGCUGCGUGGCCGUGGAGGUCCGCGCAUCAUCCGUUCUGCCCGGCCGGCCCCUGGGCUCGGUGCGGUUCCGCUGCUUCGAGGCACCGCUGGGCUCGGAGCUGCACGUCGCCGCAUAUGGCAGCGCACGCGGCCGCCGCCGGCUGAGCCAGAGGAGGCGGCUGCCAGACUGCUCGUGGCCCGCUGCCCGGGCUGCCAUCCCGCAGUGCCAAGUGCCCAGGCUGCAGGUUUCGCCGGGGUUGACGGCGGUGCUGGUGGAGGUGCAGGUGGCCACAGUGGAGCUCAACUAUACCCUGCGGCUCUACCACAACCACAGCCACGGUGCCAGUGGGUCGGGACACGUAGUGACGGCAAGUGGGCCCAUGAACUACAGUGUGCCACUGGAAGAGGUGCUGCCCUGCCUCUGCCUGCAGGUCUGGCCAGAGAUCCAAGACCCGCUGCGUGCCACCCUGUGCCCUUUCUCCCAUGAUGCAGCAGCGUGGGAGCGACUGUGGGUGCAGACCCAGCUGGUGCUGCAUGAUGUGGGGCAAACAUUCACCUGUUUUGUCUCCGCACCCUGCGACCUCCCAGCUGAGCUGGUGCCCUGCUGGAGCCCGGCACCUGCUGCGCCGUGCCAUGCCCUGCCCGGCUUGCAGCAGCCUGUCACCGGGCAGGGACCACAGGAGUUCCAAGCGCUGCAGCCACACCCCAAUCUCUGUGUGCAGGUGAGGAGCAGCGGGAGGGUCUGGCUGACACAGUGCCUGCGGGACCGUGAGCACCCUGGAGUGCUGCCUGGCCAUGCAGAUGACAUCCUGGUGAUGGAGCCUGGAGGGAACACAUCGCUCUGCGCCCUGCAGCAGGGCAACUGCAUACCGCUUGCCAGCUUCGCUGCCGUGGAAGCCGGCCGCCCGGGGCUGCUGGAGCAACAGCUGCAGGAGGACGUGGCAUCAGGGCAGUGUAUGCAGCUCUGGCGUCCUGAAAACGGCAGUGGGGUCACACUGUGGGCUUGUCCCAUGCACAAGUACAUGCGUGCCCGCUGGGCGCUGGCCUGGCUGGGGGUGCUGGUGUGCGCCGCCUGCAUCCUGCUGCUGCUGCUGCUGAAGAAGGAGGACAUGAAGGUUUGGCUCAAGUCCCUGCGCACUGGGUGUGGUUCCAAGGCCCCGUUGUGGGGACGCCGCGCACUCCUCCUGCAUGCGGCAGAGCCGGUGGCAGAGCGUGCAGCCUGCGCGCUGGCAGCAGCCCUGCGCCCGAUGGGGAUGGCGGUGGUGGCUGCGCCAGGUGGUGGCAGUGGGGUGGCAGCUUGGGGGCCGCUGCCGUGGCUGCAUGCACUGCACCAGAAGGCGCUGCGGGGUGGGGACACCGUCGUCCUCCUCCUGUCCCCAGCGGCUGAGGCUGCUGCCAGGCGGUGGGAGGAUGCCGCCGGGGGUGUGUCAAGGGCUGGGGACACUUCUAGUGGCCCCGGCAAUGAGGUGGAACCAUGCGAAGCCUUUGCUGCAGCUCUGUCCUGUGCCAUCCCGGUGCUGUCUGCGGGCGCUGGGCACUAUGUGGUGGCCCGUUUGGAGCCCGCAGUGACAUCAGUGCCCCAAGUGCUGCGGGCAGCCCCAGCCUUUGUGUUGCCCAGCGAGGCUGUGGGCUUCCUGCAGGCGCUGGCGGGGCAGCGUGGCUGCCGGCUGGAGCCCCACGCGGCCGCGGUGGCCGAGAGGCUGCGGAGGGCGCUGGGUGAAUAAAGAGCGAUGUGGCCCGAA